AUGUACCGGAACAACCCUGUGAAAUCAAAUUCGUCGAACUCUCCACGGGCAUCCCAGUCGUACUACUCUAGAAUUCUUUUACCAAAGGUGUCGGGUGAUGGUCCAAUUUACCAUUCUCAAAAACGGCACUCUCUUUUAAAUGGUUCAAGUUCAACAUCUUCAGACUGUUCUAAACAAUCUCUGGUUUCAGCCUACUUUGGUCGAAGUCGAACACUACACAGGGAUUCCCCAAGUUAUAUGCCAACUAUCUUUAACUUCCAACCUGUAAAUGGUUAUCAUUCCCCUGUUCUGAAACGUCGCGUCUGCGGAACUGAGCGCACGAAAACAAACUUAGUUGGCACUACUGAGCCACCUAAUUCAGAUGUAACCAUUCAACGUGGUUUACGUGUUUUUGAGUCGAAAAAACGUGCUCGUGAACUUAUCGAUACUACGGUUACUACAGAGGAAUCAUCUCAUGAUGAGUCAGAUUUUGGGAAUUCCAAGCGUCGAAAAACAUCUAGAACUUUCGAUAUAUCUACCUUGGGGUGCACACAGGAAGUCGAUGGCUUCUCUUUCACAUCUUUGCGUCAGCUCAGUAGCGGAAAUGCAGUUAGGCUUACUGUCUGCCCAAGCGAAAGCAGAAUACCGCCUAAAGUCAACGAGCGAAAUAGUAAAUCCGUUCAGACACAAGUUUUAAAUGAAUGUGAAAACGAUAGAACAGUCUCUACCAUUUCAUCUACGGGAAGUGUUGAACCAACUCGAAAUAAUAUUCUUGGAUCUGCUGCAGCCCUGAGAAGAAAAGUUCCAUACAUGUCACCGUCUGAACUUGAAGCCCAUCUGUUGUCUACUAAAGCCUUAACAUAUACAAGUCUCUAUACUCUGGAAAAUUACACUUCAGAAGCAGGUGAUUGUCAUUUUGUUGAUCUGGAUACAUCACCUGUUCAAUAUCCAGGGGAAAAAGUCGCUGCUCGUAGGAUUGCGACUGAAAGCAUUCAAACUACAGAGGAUUCAACUCAGUCUACUUUGAAUGAUACUAAAUCACCGCGGGUUACUUAUAUGACUUGCUACGAUCAAAAAUCAGCAACUGACAGUUCAGAACUCCCAGUUGUUCAGCCAACAUCCUUAAAUCGCUUUAUUGCCAACCUUGAAGGUCAUUCAAACCUAUUUUUUGAUAAAAUGAUUCAGUCACAUGUUAAGACUAAUUUUUAUCGUCCUUCCGAUGGGUUUGAUGUGGAGUCACGUGUGAAACGUAUUCGUGAACUGAUAUCAGCCAAAUCUAUUAAUUAUAAUUCGAGUAGCUUAUGCGGUCAUAAUACUCACACUACUAUCAGUUCCCUUACGGGGACUAGCCAUGAUAGUUCCACCACUCAAAUCCUAGCUAUUUCAAAUGCACCCCUGAUAGUUUCUACUAUAUCGUCGUCGCUGCCCAGUGUUUCUUCAACAUCUAGCAUAAAUUUCAUGUCAGUUAUUGUAUGUAGCACUUCUGCAUCAUCUGUUCACAAUAUUACUUCUGUUAGCAACCCAUUGUCAUCUUCGACCACCUCAAAACAUUUCAGUUUUCCUACAAUUAGUGAAGUUGUCAGUACUCAAACCAUUGUCCCAACAUCAGUUGCCGUUGCUUCUAUAACAAGUGUACCUGGCACCAUAAGCUUUGGUUUUAAUUCUGCAUCCAACGUAUCUGCUCCAUCCACCUCAGUAACUAGCUCAAGUACAGUAUUAUCAACUGCUGUUACAUCAGUCGCAUUUUCUUUCUUUACUCCUGCUUCGACUGCUCACGUAUCACUUUUGAAGGAUCCAACAAUCACCUCAACAAUAGCUGUAGCUUCGUCAGCUUCAGUCUCAUAUUCAGCAUUUCCAUCAGUUACAAAACUUGGCUCUAUCUCAGCAUCUCAAAAUAAUUUCUCAGUAGUUCCAUCUUCCGUAGUUACUUUUCCGACAAGCGCGAUAACUACAUCUUCUAUAAUGAUUUCUGAAACUACGACAACAGCAGCAACACAGAAAACCACUCCUGUUUUCUCUUUUACAUUCCCAUCCUCCUCAUCGAAUCUUUCAUCUCCACAGACAACUGGUUUAAACCUGCCAUCAGCAGCAAAUCUUACUUCGAGCGUUUUUGAAUCUUUGAAGCCCGUUUCUACAUUCAGUGGAUUUUCUUCCCCAAAACCAUCUGUUAUAUCAUCGGUUAGUACUACUGCCAGUGAUUCAACACCGGUAGUUAAAAAUAUGGUUCAGUCCAUCGGUAGCCAACCGUUCACUUUUGGUUCAAGUACUUCACAGCCCAUUUCCGCGGCUUCCCUUUUUAAAUUUGGAGCACCCACAGUGACUACAUCCGCACUCAAUCCAGUCUCGUCCGUCAGUUUUGGACUGACUUCUGCACCACAAUUUCUGGGAUCGUUUUCCAACUCUGCACCCCUGUCAAGUAGUUUUGUCUUGGGUGCUAAUUUGUCUAAGUCUUUACCGACGACUGUAAGCACUGCUUUUGUUCAAACGACGGCUACAUCAUCACUGAAUACUGUGGUAAAUAAUGCUGGUUUGUUUACCUUUACAUCCUCAGUUACUAGUAACUCUAGUGUGUCAUUAUUUGGAUCAAAUUCCAUUAACACCAACUCCACAACUGUAUCACUUUCUACGAACACAUCUUUUUCUAGUUUCAAUUCAACUGCGAUGAAUCCAUUAUUUACUUCCGUGCCUAAAACAUCUGCAAACUCCUUCACUCUUGGAAUUAAGCCUGCAAACGUAAUUCCUGCAAAUAGUACGUCUUUAUUUGGAGCUAGCAAUUCGAUUUUUGAAACUCCGAACACAUCGUCUGUAAAAUUUAAUUUUAAUCAAUUAACUCCUAGCAGCGCAUCUAGUGUGGCCACCACCGGUGGAUUGUCGUUUGGUGCGACAAUUGUGACUACAGCUUCAACUUCUAUAACUCCUGCCAGUGCACCGUUUCAGUUUGGUAGUUUCAGUUUUACUUCUAAGCCAUCUGUAACUUCCGUAUCUCAACCCUUCUCUUUCGGUUCAUCAGUGCCUCAAUUUUCGUUUGGCCAACAGUUCACACCGGUACAUUCACAACCAAACACUGUACCAACAUUGCCAUUUUCCUCGCUUAUUUCAGGUUCCACGACAAAUACUAAUGCUUAUCAGUUUUCUUCAACUCCCGUGUUUUCUAAUGCUAAUCCUAUAUCUAGUUUUGGUGGGUUUAAUUUUUCUUUACCCCCAACAUCUACACCAAGUAUAAUUAAUCCUCAAACAAAUACUGGUUUCGUUUUCGGUCAAACAGCUUUAGGUGCUGGCGUUGUUAAUUCCAAUCCAUUUACCUUUGGUACAUCUUCAACUAGUCCUUCAUCUAAUGCUCCAAACGCGCCGCGACGUCGACCACUUUCAAGCAGACGCUCUCGCCGCCCAUGA